AUGUUUUUGAUUAAUUAGUCUAAGAAUAAUUUGCCAAUUAAAGAUUAUUGGUUAGAAUAACUUCAAGAUCAGGUUAAUCAGGAAGGACUGAUGAUUAUUUUUGAAAGGAAAGGAAUUAGAAUUCUAUAGAAAGAAGAAUGA